GGAGUUUUGAACGAGUGUGGCGAGAUCUUUUAUAUGCGAGAUGUUGCUAUAGACACUACAAUAGCAAGUUGAAAACGAGCAGCUUCCAAUAGCCAUGGCAAUGCUGAGGCUCUACAGCAAGUCCUCUUCUCAGAAUCAGGAAUCAAAGGAGCGUCUGCUGAGCAAGCUACAGGCUGCCGCAGGAUGCAUACAGCUGAUCGGUUUAGAGACAGAGAUAUGCUACUACAUCUCUUCAACAACACAUGCAUCUCAGCUAGCAUCACCUGGGUUUCUGCGCAAGUUGAGAUGGCUUCUCACAGAUCCAUUAUAUCAGGAAGAGCUGACCGUGAAAUCCUCGAUUUCAGAAUUUACAAAUGAAAAUAGCAGCAGUCUCUUGCUGGAAAUUGGCCCAAGGCUGAACUUCUCGACAGCUUUUUCUACGAACGCUGUGUCUAUCUGUAACUUUGUCGGUCUGUCACAUGUUGACCGCAUCGAGAAGUCAACCAGGUUCCUGCUAAGGUUUCAACCAGCAGAUCCUGCGAGUGGGGACUAUGCACGAAUCACGAAGCAGCUAGAAGAGAAGUUGGCAGCAUCACUGCAUGAUAGGAUGACGGAGUGUAGGUACUUCCAACCACUCAGCAGCUUUGACCUGAAUGUGAAACCAGAGCCAUGGUAUGAAGUAGACGUGAUAGGGCAGGGUCGAAGCGCAAUGGAGCUGGCAAGCACAAAACUAGGUUUGGCAUUCGAUGAUUGGGAUUUGGACUUCUACACUAAACUGUUUACGAAGAAUGUUGGUAGAAACCCAACCAGUGUGGAAUGCUUUGACUUAGCACAGAGCAACAGUGAGCACAGCAGGCAUUGGUUCUUUAAGGGCCGCAUGUUUAUAGAUGGCGUUGAGUGUGGUGACUCUCUCCUCGACAUGGUCAUGUCAACUCAGGAAAGCAGCAACGCUAAUAACAUCAUCAAGUUCUGUGACAAUAGCAGUGCGAUUGAGGGCUACCCUGUCACCAUACUGAAGCCUACAGAUCCCGGCAGACCCUGUUGUUUCGUGGAGAAGGCAGCAUCCCUGAGACAUAUUCUCUUUACCGCGGAGACACACAACUUUCCCACCGGCGUGGCACCGUUUCAGGGAGCUACAACGGGUACUGGGGGUAGAAUCAGGGACGUGCAGGCUGCAGGAAGGGGAGGACACGUGGUUGCUGCCACUGCUGGCUACUGCUUCGGCAACCUCCACAUCCCAGGCUACUCUCUACCCUGGGAGGACGAAUCGUUCGUCUACCCUGCGAACAUGGCGCCUGCGCUCGAGAUAGCGAUCCAGGCGAGUGACGGUGCAUCGGACUAUGGUAACAAGUUUGGUGAGCCCGUGUUGGCUGGCUUCGCGCGCUCCUGCGGUGUGAGGCUGCCGGGAGGAGAGAGGAGGGAGUGGGUGAAGCCCAUCAUGUUUAGCGCCGGCAUCGGCAGCAUUGAUGCUGCGCACGUCACCAAGGAAACGCCGCAGCCAGGCAUGCAGGUUGUGAAGCUGGGAGGUCCCGUAUAUCGCAUCGGCGUUGGGGGCGGCGCCGCCUCCUCCAUCCACGUGCAAGGCGACAACCAAUCAGAGCUGGACUACGGAGCGGUGCAGCGAGGCGACGCCGAGAUGGAGCAAAAGCUGAAUCGUGUGAUUCGCGCGUGCGCUGAGAUGGAGGCUGGCAACCCCAUCUGCAGCAUCCACGACCAGGGAGCCGGCGGCAACGGCAACGUGUUAAAGGAGAUCGUGGAGCCCGCUGGCGCCAUCUUGCGGGCGUCGGAGUUUUCGUUGGGCGACCGUACGAUCAGCGCGAUGGAGCUGUGGGGAGCCGAGUAUCAGGAGAGCAACGCGGCACUCGUGCGUGCGAGCGACGAAGGCAAGCUUAGGGAGGUCUGCGUGCGCGAGAAAUGCCCCGUCGAUUUCGUAGGGACGGUCACCGGCGACGGAAAGGUGAUAUUAGAGGUAGGGAGCGAGAUCGUGCACGAGGUAGAGAGUCGUGUCACCGACAACGCUGCGCUGGAUCAUCAACAAAUCGCACAGAUACAGCAACACCUCUCCCACCGCGACAUCACCGGCGACUCCGCCCCACGUCCCGCCCUCGCACCGUCCACCGGCGACUCCGCCCCACGUCCCGCCCUCGCACCGUCCACCGGCGACUCCGCCCCAUGUCCCACCCUCACACCAUCCACCGGUGACUCCGCCCCACGUCCCACCCUCACACCGUCCACUGGCGACUCCACCCCACGUCCCGCCCUCGCACCGUCCACUGGUGACUCCACCCCACGUCCCCCCCUCGCACCGUCCACCGGCGACCCAGCGAACAGUCAAGCCAUCAACGGUCAGGCCGUCAAUGGUCAAGCCGUCAAUGGUCACCUCAACUCGAUCACUCUCUCGUCCGACCGCUCUCUGUCCGGCUCUGUCCUCCGGCCGGUCGAGCUCGACCUGUCACUCGUUCUUGGACGCAUGCCGAGGAAGACCUUCCACCUGGAGCGCGUCGUGUCGCGGCUGCAACCCCUCCACCUGCCAGAGGGCGCCACCGUGAUGGCAGCACUGCGGCGGGUGCUGCGGCUGCCGGCUGUGGCGAGCAAGCGCUACCUGACUAAUAAGGUCGACCGCUCUGUGGGGGGGCUCGUCGCGCAGCAGCAGUGCGUCGGCCCGCUGCACACGCCGCUGGCCGACGUCGCCGUCGUCGCGCUCGCCUACCGCGGGUCACGCGGCGCCGCCACCGCCGUCGGCGAGCAGCCAAUCAAGGGGCUCGUGAGCACGCAGUGCGGGGCUCGCAUGGCGCUCGGCGAGGCGCUCACCAACCUCGUGUUCGCCCGCGUCACAGCGCUCGAGGAUGUCAAGUGUAGUGGUAACUGGAUGUGGGCUGCCAAGCUACCAGGGGAAGGUGCUGCCCUCUACGAUGCUUGCAGCGCUCUGUGCACGACUAUGAGACAGUUAGGAGUUGCCAUCGAUGGCGGGAAAGAUUCACUGAGUAUGGCUGCCAGGGUGGGCAAUGAGACAGUGAAGGCUCCAGGUUCGUUGGUUGUGUCGGUAUAUGCAGCUUGCCCGGACAUCUGUGCUACAGUCACACCUGACCUCAAAUGCCCAGGAGGAAAUAGUACACUGCUGCAUGUUCGGUUUGGUUGCCGUGGUAACCGGCUUGGGGGCAGCGCCCUUGCUCAGUGCUAUGGUCAGAUAGGAGACGAAUCGCCGGAUAUGGAUUUGCCUGAAGAGUUCGCUCAAGCGUUUAAGGCCACACAAGCCCUCAUUGCAGAUGGCGUUAUUGUGUCUGGACACGAUGUGAGCGAUGGAGGAAUAGUCACUUGUCUGCUUGAGAUGGCAUUCGCCGGUAACUGCACGAUCAACGUGCAGCUAGAGGGCAGCACCAAUACGAUGGCCACGCUCUUCGCUGAAGAGCUUAGAAUCGUGCUCGAAGUUGAUGAAUUGGACGUGAGCAGAGUGAUGGAGGCGUAUGGCGAUGUGUCCUGCUCUGUGGUUGGCUCAUGCAACUCCACCGAGAAUCCCAGCAUGUGCAAGAUUUGCGUGAAUGGGGAGCUUGUUAUCAUGGAAACGACAGCUAGUCUCCGGGAUCUGUGGGAGGAGACAAGUUUUCAGCUGGAGCGUCUUCAGACCAACCCGACAUGUGUCGACCGUGAGCGAGCGGCGCUGCGCUGCAAGGGGGUGCCACAGUACAUGUUGACCUUCGACCCAGAGCUCAUCCCACGUGGGGUUGCAGCUUCAGAUGACGGGUGCCCCCUGGUUGCGAUCGUGCGCGAGGAGGGCAGUAACGGCGACCGUGAGAUGGCGGCGGCGAUGGUGGCAGCAGGGUUCACUGCAUGGGACGUCACAAUGCAGGACAUAUGUGCAGGAGCCGUCACACUUGACAGAUUCACCGGUAUCGCGUUCGUAGGAGGGUUCAGCUAUGCCGACGUGCUGGGGUCGGCUAAAGACCGCGACAUCACCGGCGACUCCGCCCCACGUCCCGCCCUCGCACCGUCCACCGGCGACUCCGCCCCACGUCCCGCCCUCGCACCGUCCACCGGCGACCCAGCGAACAGUCAAGCCAUCAACGGUCAGGCCGUCAAUGGUCAAGCCGUCAAUGGUCACCUCAACUCUAUCACUCCCUCGUCCGACCGCUUUCUGUCCGGCUCUGUCCUCCGGCCGGUCGAGCUCGACCUGUCACUCGUUCUUGGACGCAUGCCGAGGAAGACCUUCCACCUGGAGCGCGUCGUGUCGCGGCUGCAACCCCUCCACCUGCCAGAGGGCGCCACCGUGAUGGCAGCACUGCGGCGGGUGCUGCGGCUGCCGGCUGUGGCGAGCAAGCGCUACCUGACUAAUAAGGUCGACCGCUCUGUGGGGGGGCUCGUCGCGCAGCAGCAGUGCGUCGGCCCGCUGCACACGCCGCUGGCCGACGUCGCCGUCGUCGCGCUCGCCUACCGCGGGUCGCGCGGCGCCGCCACCGCCGUCGGCGAGCAGCCAAUCAAGGGGCUCGUGAGCAAUCAGUGCGGGGCUCGCAUGGCGCUCGGCGAGGCGCUCACCAACCUCGUGUUCGCCCGCGUCACGGCGCUCGAGGAUGUCAAGUGUAGUGGUAACUGGAUGUGGGCUGCCAAGCUACCAGGGGAAGGUGCUGCCCUCUACGAUGCUUGCAGCGCUCUGUGCACGACUAUGAGACAGUUAGGAGUUGCCAUCGAUGGCGGGAAAGAUUCACUGAGUAUGGCUGCCAGGGUGGGCAAUGAGACAGUGAAGGCUCCAGGCUCGUUGGUUGUGUCGGUAUAUGCAGCUUGCCCGGACAUCUGUGCUACAGUCACACCUGACCUCAAAUGCCCAGGAGGAAAUAGUACACUGCUGCAUGUUCGGUUUGGUUGCCGUGGUAACCGGCUUGGAGGCAGCGCCCUUGCUCAGUGCUAUGGUCAGAUAGGAGACGAAUCGCCGGAUAUGGAUUUGCCUCAUGAGUUCGCUCAAGCGUUUAAGGCCACACAAGCCCUCAUUGCAGAUGGCGUUAUUGUGUCGGGACACGAUGUGAGCGAUGGAGGAAUAGUCACUUGUCUGCUUGAGAUGGCAUUUGCCGGUAACUGCACGAUCAACGUGCUGCUAGAGGGCAGCACCGAUACGAUGGCCACGCUGUUCGCUGAAGAGCUUGGAAUUGUGCUCGAAGUUGAUGAAUUGGACGUGAGCAGAGUGAUGGAGGCGUAUGGCGAUGUGUCCUGCUCUGUGGUUGGCUCAUGCAACUCCACUGAGAAUCCCAGCAUGUGCAAGAUUUGCGUGAAUGGGGAGCUCGUUAUCAUGGAAACGACAGCUAGUCUCCGGGAUCUGUGGGAGGAGACAAGUUUUCAGCUGGAGCGUCUUCAGACCAACCCGACAUGUGUCGACCGUGAGCGAGCGGCGCUGCGCUGCAAGGGGGUGCCACAGUACAUGUUGACCUUUGACCCAGAGCUCAUCCCACGUGGGGUUGCAGCUUCAGAUGACGGGUGCCCCCUGGUUGCGAUCGUGCGCGAGGAGGGCAGUAACGGCGACCGUGAGAUGGCGGCGGCGAUGGUGGCAGCAGGGUUCACUGCAUGGGACGUCACAAUGCAGGACAUAUGUGCAGGAGCCGUCACACUUGACAGAUUCACCGGUAUCGCGUUCGUAGGAGGGUUCAGCUAUGCCGACGUGCUGGGGUCGGCUAAAGGCUGGGCGGCUGCGGUGCUGUUCAAUGAUGUUGCUCGAGCACAGUUUGCCGCGUUCCGAGCGCGCCAUGACACCUUCAGCCUCGGCGUCUGCAACGGCUGUCAGCUGAUGGCACUGCUUGGCUGGGUCAUACCCUCAGCUCCACCUAGCGAGGGGAGUCAUGGUGAGGCACAGCCGCCUGGCCUGCUGCUGGAACGGAACGAGUCCGGCAGGUUUGAGUCUCGCUUCAGCACGGUGAGGGUCGGUGCAUCUGCGGCCAUGAUGCUUGCAGGCAUGGAGGGAUCUGUUCUGGGCGUGUGGGUCGCGCACGCAGAAGGUCGCAUGCGAUUCAAGAAUGAGGAGACGCUGUCUCGUGUUAAGAGCGAGAAACUCGUCUGCUUGCAAUACACAGACGCAGUGGGCUGUGCCACCGAGGAUUACCCAGACAACCCAAACGGCUCUCCAGAUGGCAUCGCAGGUGUGUGUUCCCAUGACGGCCGCCAUCUUGCUAUGAUGCCUCACCCAGAGAGGUGCGUGUUGCCAUGGCAGUGGGCGUGGAUGCCACAGGAUUGGAGAACGUCGAUGCAGACGUCUCCUUGGCUGCGCAUGUUCCGCAAUGCAUACACGUGGUGCCAUCUAGAAGGGAAAAAGUAGACUGAGAGUUUCCCCCGUUAUUUGUUUGGAAGAUGGUGAAAUAUGAAGCACUCACAAAUUUCUUGUUUUUUGAAGUUCAUUGUAAUAAUACACUGACUAUAUGUUUUGAUAGGUCACUAUUUCUCAGGAAAAUUAUGCAUUUAUGUGUCUGUAUUAUUAAACAUUUACGCUAUAAAAGCAUGGAUCACUUAUUUUCAAUAUUUUUGUAAUAAAUCACUUUCUG